AUGGCCGUGUCAGGGACACUGGCGGUCACGGUGCACAAGUUUGCCGUCGACGGGGCAAAGUCGGACGCGAAGUACAGUGUCCGACUACGAGUGGGCGACAAUGAGGUCCAGACGAAUGACGCGUCGGCCGGUGAAGCCAUCGACGCGCCGGUGCACCUCAAUGUGACGGCGACGUCGGACGCGGAGCAAGUGACGUUUGAAGUGCUGCAGACGGGGCACGCGACGCCCAUUGGCGUCUCGACCCGCUCGUUGCAGGAGUUCCUGCGCGGCUUUGACCGGCGCCAAAUGUCGUUUUCGGUGGGCGACGUGUCGGCGCCGCAGACGAUUGUGGUCACGCACAGCGCCCAGUGGACGCCGUCCACGAGCCGCUCGUUGACGCCGGCGGAGACGCACCGGCCGUGGUUUAUGCGCGCGUCGUACUACUACGACACGACGAAGAGCGUGUACGACUACACGACGAGUUUCCGCGUGGUGAAGCCCUUUGCGCGGCUGGGCGAAGCGACGGUCAAUACGGUGCUGGCGGCCGUCUCGGGCAAGACGCUGACGGACGUGGACCAGUCGCUGGUCGUGCCGGUGCUCAACUCGGUGGACAAUAAAGUGGACGCGACGAUUUCCGUGGCGUUUACCAAGUUGUACGCGGGGCAGCAGAUGGUGGUGCGGACCAAGAACAGGGCCGUGCGCGCCGUGUCGUCGGUGGCGCACAAGACGGGCAGCACUGUGGUCGGAGCCACGAGUUACACGACGCACAAGGCGGCGCAAGGGGCCGGCGUCGUUGUCGGGGGCGUCGUGGGCGUGGCGGACUAUACGAGUUCGCAGGUGCGACACGCGUCGUCGUCGACGUUUGGACUGGUGCGCGGCGUGACGUACUCUGUUGCGAGCCAUAUCCCGAUCCUGGGGCCCAAAAUACGGGCGUGA